GGUGACACUGGCAUCUAUCAAGUCCAUCCUCGUCGGGGCUGGACACUGGAGCUUGUGCGUAACUACUGGGCCGGACCUCGAAGAUCGAGUUCAUGCUUGGCACUCUUUGAAUCCGUCGGAGUCAGUCAGCGCCCUGCGGAGACCCACCUGGCCUCCCUCCGAUGCACUUAUAGCGCACCCAACUUUUGCACAUUAAACUCGCCAACAGUGGAGCCAGGCGGCCUGAACAUCAUGUCAUUGAACAAGUACUGCCAAAGCUCCUCUUCCUCCUCUUCCUCUAGCUCCAUACAGGACAAGAAGGUAUUCGCCAAGCUAAAGCUCAGCCUGUCCGGGGACUACCCGAGGAAGAACGCGGAGCUGCUCAGCGCUCAGUAUGGGAUCAACCUGCUGCUGGUCGGGGUGGCGCUGAUGCUGGCCAUUGCGCACCACGGAGACCCCUCCGUCGAGGAGAAGGACCUGCUGUCCUUCACCACGGCGCUCAUGAUACUGCAGCUGAUCUGGAUGAUGUGGUACAUCCUGGUGCGGCACAGCCAGAGGAACACGCGAACCGAGAGGGACGUCAAUGCCACUACCUGCUGGAUACGAGGUGGCGUAACUCUUCUCGCUGUGCUUUCAUUGAUCAUGGAUGCCUUGAAGAUCGGAUACUUUGUCGGAUAUCGGUCCUGCCUGUCAGCUGUGCUCGCCGUAUAUCCUGUCAUCCAUGCAACUCACACCAUAGCACAGGUACAUUUCAUUUGGUUCCACAUCAAGGAUGUGAUCAAGAGCUUUGAGACAUUUGAAAGGUUCGGUGUCAUUCACGCAGUCUUCACCAACCUCCUGCUGUGGUGUAACAGCGUGAUGUCAGAGACCGAGCACUUCAUGGAAAAUCACUUCAGAAGAGGCUCCACCCUGGAAUUAGAAAAUUUCACCCAAGGAGAGCCAGAGUCGCCUUGCAACUGCACAACCAGCACAUGCUCCGUGUUCUCCCAAAGCUUCACGUAUCUCUUCCCGUUCAACAUCGAGUACCACAUCUUUGUCUCCGCGCUGCUUUUCGUCAUGUGGAAGAACAUCGGACGCACCAUUGAUGUGUCCAACAAAAAAAGCCUGGUCACCAAGACGCGGGGAUUGAGCCUGGGCCCCAUCCUUGGUCUCCUCGCAUUGGGCGGCACCAUUGGCGUGCUGGUGCUCUACAUUACACGUUUAGAGGGCUCCGUGGACGUACGCCAGUCAGCCAUUUCUAUGUUCUACAUUUAUGGCAUCGUCAUGCUGGCGGCCAUGUGUUCUGCCGGCGCUAUAGGUUUGCUCAUAUACCGAGCCGACCACAUGCCGCUUGACGCAUCAAAGAACCCUUCGAGAAAGCUGGACACAGAGCUGCUGUUUGGGUCCUCUCUGAGUUCCUGGUUCAUGUCCUGGUGCAGCAUUGUGUCAGUAUUUAGCAGCCACGACGACCCUCCUCACCGCUGGACGAACCUGAUCUACUCCCUCUUAAUUGUUCUGGAGAAGUACAUCCAGAACCUCUUCAUUAUCGAGUCCCUGUAUCGCCAGCAGGAGAGCGUAGAGAGGGCGGACCCAGAGUUGCCCGCUGCUCCAGAAGUGUUCUCAGUGACUUCGUCUCUGCCCCCCUUUAACGGGAUCAUCAACCAGGCAUAUGAGUCUCCAGGCGGGGGCUGCAGUUCCAUGGAGAACGAGCAGGAGGAGAACGGACAGGUGUACGGAUGUCAGCGGAAGCAGUCGGAUGUGCCGCUGCCUGUGCACACUGAGGCUGUGGAACCCCACAAUAUGAAGAGGCUGGUCCUGAAGAACCUUUCUAUUAUGCUGUUAUUGUGCAAUAUUUCGCUGUGGAUCCUUCCCGCCUUUGGCUGCAGGCCACAGUACGACAACGGGUUGGAAGAAGAGACGUUCGGCUUCACCACAUGGACCACAAUUCUCAAUUUUGCCAUUCCUCUGAACCUUUUCUACCGCAUGCACUCUGUGGCUUCCCUGUUCGAGGUGUUCCGCCGAGUCUGACCGAAGAGUUGGUGAAUGGUGCUGACAAGAUGCAAAGGAACCCAUGACAGCACAAACUCCCGCGGUUGCAUCACAGCACAGGUCAACUGUUCAGGAGGCCAUCAGGGUCACAUCUGCGGCAGACCUGAAGGAAAACCACUGAGACAAACUAAACUUUGGAGAGACGAACCAUAUAGCCUGUGCUCCUUGAAAAAUAACAGAAAGCUUCUUUAUACAUGUUUAUGGGGAGAACAUAGACACUUUGUUAAUUUUAGAGGGACCAUUUUGUACUUUGUAUCAGGUUCUCCUGACUGUUUUAACUGGGGUAUCAUUUUGAAUGUAGAACUGAAUGAUUCACCUGAAAUGCACAUUAUAUAUUCUCAUAAUCGUGACUAAAUAUACCUUAUUGACUGAAUCACAAUACCUAAAAGUUAACAGUGUAGCCACUGUUUAUAAUGUACGUGGAAAAAGUUCUCACUUAUCCAUCCUUAAAGUUUUUAUAUAGCAGAAAAGAAUGCAUAGUAGAACUGCAAGUCCUUAAUUACAAUCUCAUCACUAUAUUUUUAUAUUUUGUUGUUAGUUGUACUUUAGUUCUCAGUAGUAGCUCUUUUGUCUCUUAGCCAAUGAUCAGAGCCAUUGUCCGCUCUGAUCGUUUGAGCGGAUGGAAAGACAUAUUUUUAAAAAGUUUCCCAUUGUGACCCAGAUAACAUUUAUAAUGUUAUCUUGCAUCAGGUCGGGCACUUCUUUAAUUUCAUACUAGAGAAUAAUAUUGUUACUGCCAUAAUGAAUCACCAGAGAUGGAGGGUUACCCUUGAUGGAAAUGCAAUAAAAACAAUCACAGCCUUGGACAAAAAAAUUGCACUAAAGACAUGUUUUUAAUGAAAUUUGCCGAAAGUUUUAUUCAGGUGUCCAGUUAUGUUCUCAACCUGGUGCUAUCCUCUCUCUGGGUUCUCUAUGUGCCAAGUUGUGGGAAACAAUCUUUUUUGGGGGUAUCUACUGCUACUCUAAUCAAAAAUCUUUGAUCUACUGUGAUAUAAUUUUGUGCAUAUUUGAUUAAAUUGUGCUUACAAAAAAAUUACGUGUACAAAUAUU